CGCACCACGCAGCCAUCUUGCCUGCUCAAUGCUCAUUCCGAGGGGGUCUUUGCCUGCAAGAAGUAAACAUCUCAAGGAACCAAUCAACCGUGACUAUUUAUUGAUAAACUUUUUGUUUGAAUUGAUUGCCGGAAUGCAAAUGCCGACUUAGCAAUGUUGUUGCUUCCCAAAGUAAUUUAAUUUCACUUCGUCAGGUAAUUAAACGUGUGAGGUUUGAGGUCGCCACCGCAUCACUCCUGACCAGCCACUGGAAGCCGAAGGAAUGUUUGAAAGUUUCUGGAAUUACUUUCCCUGAUACCAUCUAUCACUGUUACCAACCAAGGAGCUACGAUUCUUCUCUCUUGCAUGUUCUCUGAGGAAAUUCUCCCAGCGAUCUUGAUUUUCUGCCAUGAAAAUCUUUAAGCCCGCCUGGGUUAACCAUGGUAACGAAGGAAUGGGAAUUUUUUCAAUCGAUAUUCAUCCAGAUGGUUCCAGGUUUGCAACGGGAGGUCAAGGUGAGGAUUCUGGCAGAGUUACAAUUUGGAAUAUGGCACCAAUUACAGCGGAAAAAGUAGAAAAAGAUGAGAAAGUUCCAAAAAUGUUGUGUCAGUUAGAUAAUCAUUUAG